UCUUUAAUGGCUGAACAACAACAACUAUCAGCGGGCAACAAACUUUCCCUAACUUCUCUGGACAAUAAAGAAAGUUUGAAGUAGAAAAUUACUUCGGCAGUAUUUCAGCUUAGGUUUGUUCAUAUGUUACUUUUGUUGUCAUAAAUGUGGAAUUACUGAUGGAUCCGAGAUAUGAUAUACCGCGGAGGGCCGCUGCCGGUGGUGGCAGCGGAGGCUCGGAGAACUCGUCUCCCGCUCUGGGGGCUCAGUCCCGCCGCAGGAAGAUGCCUCCCCGACCCGCUGACUUCAAACUCCAGAUUAUAAUUAUUGGCUCCCGUGGAGUAGGUAAAACCAGCCUCAUGGAGAGGUUCACGGACGAUACUUUCUGCGAGUCAUGCAAGUCGACAGUAGGUGUUGAUUUCAAAAUCAAGACAGUUGAAUUGAGAGGGAAGAAGAUCAGACUUCAGAUAUGGGACACUGCAGGCCAGGAGAGGUUUAACAGCAUCACUUCGGCCUACUACAGAGGAGCCAAGGGAAUAGUCGUGGUUUAUGACAUCACAAAACAGGAAACGUUCGAUGACCUUCCUAAAUGGAUGAAAAUGAUAGACAAGUACGCCUCAGAGGAAGCAGAGCUUCUGCUGGUUGGGAACAAGCUGGACUGUGAGACGGAUCGGAUCAUCUCAAAACAACAAGGAGAGAGAUUUGCCUCUCGGAUAACUGGGAUGCGCUUCUGCGAAGCCAGUGCCAAGGAUAAUUAUAACGUGGAUGAGAUUUUCGUCAAGCUUGUUGAUGACAUUCUCAGCAAGAUGCCUCUUGAGGUUCCCAACAAGGAGCUCUCCAACAGCGUCCUGUCUCUGCAGCCUGAACCCGAAGUGCCACCGGAGCUGCCCCCUCCCCGCAUGCGCUGCUGCUGAGACUCUGUGUGGAAACACACCCGACACACACACACACACCCAGACACUCUCUGAAACCUGCAGUGCACCAACGUGGCCACAUGGGGGCAGUACACAGCAGCACUUUAGCGUUAUUGACCGCUGCUGUAAUUGUUGCAUGAAUCGAGCAGUAUUAUCCUCUCUCUGUUCCUUCCUCUUCUCCGUUACUGAACACUUUGACCUGCAGCACACUAACGCUUACACCUGGAGACCCUUCCUACCACCUGCCUGUCUACACCCAGACUACCUCAGUGUUUGGACGGUUGUUACAUUAGGCAUGUGGGGAACCUCUCACUAAUUUUAAAAUCGUCCGAGUCGCUCCGAGACAAAGGGAUUACAUCUCACAUCUUUCUAUAGCUCAGUUUAAACUUGACGUGUUUUUACUAAGUGACGGAUAAAAAAUAAAUACGGUGUGGUUGCUGUAAUUACUGGAUAAGGUGGAGAUAUUUUUGCCAAGUUAUAGAUUUAUGGAUCUACUUUACCUUGAAGUAUUAAUGUGGCUGGAGUUAUUUUUCUAUAAAUUGUAACGUUUUGCACUACAAAACCAGAUUCCCAUUUUACGCUGACAUGCAGGAAAACAAAAUAACACAAGUUGUAGUUUAUUUAGCACUAACGUGGCUACUCUGCAGACGCAAGGAGACAUGGGUAAUGUAGUCCUGGAUCUAUUUGUGUUAAGCAGGGGAAUAAAGACAAUACCGCCAGAAUGCAGACAUAGUUCUAUCCUUUCUUGUUACUAAUACUUCUUUGUUGUUUGUUUAUUUUCUAAUGAAUUCAGGGGGAAGAAAAAAAGAAUAAAGGCUUAAAAAAUUGGAGCAGUUGAAGGCGACUUGCUUGGUGUUUGUAUGACUCAGGAAACUGAUGGGCUCAACUGCACAGUCGGGAUUUUCUUCUGAAUUAAAGUCCCAUUAUGUUAGGUGUACUGACAUCUAGUGGUGAAGUUGUAAACUGCAUCUAACUCCACAGCCUUUCUACUAAUUCACCAUGUUUAGAUCACUUAUAAUCUUGCAUUUCUCCCACAUUUUGGUCUGGUGGAUUGUUUAAGUUCAGGCUUUGUUUGUUAUGAAAUUAUUGCAGAAGCAGCAACGUAGCACUGUGACUUUUCAUAAUAAAAAGAAAGAAACCCUCUCAAACUGACAGCUUUUCUAGAAUUAAAAAAAUAUUAAGUUUUCAGUUAAACCUAGCAAUAAGAUUAUCGUCCAGCAGAACAACGUUUGCGCUGAAAUUAUCUGGAAAAUUGGGAUUUUUAUCGCCUGAGUUUUGGAAGUGUGAGCGUUUCUUCAGAUAGCGGUGUUUGUUUGGAAAGGAAACCUUUCUUCCCUCAACGUUUUGGCACUAACCCUGUGGACUUCGUUCUGAUUACUAAGCCUUUUAAUACUUUGUGGUUUAACUAUACAUUUAAAGAAUUGCAUUUUAUUUGCAACGUGUAUCCAUUAUGAUGUCUGUUAUUUUGUGUUAAAACCAGUCUCUGGAAGGUUUAAAGCAGGUUGACUGUAUUUAUAACUUGUGGCAUUCUUGAACUAAUGAAAUGCAAUUAAAGAUGUCUAUAUUUAUUACUAAA